CUUUCUCUCUCUCGCGUUGCUUCCUACCGAAAUCUUCGAAUCCAUCGUCGUCGAGAAGAGACGAGGACGCCCUCCCCAGUGGCGGCGAGCGCCCCCCCCCCCCACCCCCACCCCCGAGGAAGAAGAAGAGGAGGAGGAAGGUUUUGCGCGCCGUUCGCGGAUUCCUCUCCGUCCUCACGCCCCGGAUUCGGUUCGUCCCGCGGUCCCGAUUAGACUGAAGAAUGAGGAUGGACAGGAAUGAGGAAGAGAUGGUCACGAAUGACUCGGACCCUCUUCUCAAGAGGGAAAACGAGGAGGCAGAGUCAUCGUCGCAGCUGACACCGCCUAAGCCAGCAACCUUGAGCGCGCUGGAGAUUGAGGAUGAGGAGACCGACGGUUCUUCUGCAGGGUGCUGCCGCAUUUGUCUCGAGACUGAUUCUGAGUUAGGUGAUGAACUGAUAUCACCUUGCAUGUGCAAGGGAACUCAACAAUUUGUUCACCGCUCAUGCCUUGACCACUGGAGAUCUGUUAAGGAAGGAUUUGCAUUUUCACAUUGCACAACAUGCAAAGCUCAAUUCCAUCUCCGAGUGGAAACUUGGGAGGACAAUUCAUGGCGUAAAAUGAAGUUCCGGAUAUUUGUUGCAAGAGAUGUUAUCCUUGUGUUUCUUGCUGUACAACUUACUAUUGCUAUGAUUGGUGCAAUUUCUUACUUUCUAGAUAGGGAUGGAAGUUUCAGAAACAGUUUCAGUGAUGGUUGGGAUCGCUUCUUGUCAAAACAUCCAAUACCAUUCUAUUACUGCAUAGGUGUUGUUGUUUUCUUUGUGCUACUCGGAUUCUUCGGGUUGAUACUGCAUUGUUCGUCCUUCAAUGAUAACCAAGACCCAUGCCUAGCUGGGUGCCGGAACUGCUGCUAUGGUUGGGGCGUCCUGGACUGCCUGCCUGCUUCUCUGGAGGCCUGCUUUGCCCUGGUGGUGGUUUUCGUUGUCGUGUUCGCCAUCCUCGGUAUCGCAUACGGUUUCCUCGCGGCAACUAUGGCUGUCCAAAGAAUCUGGCAGCGGCAUUACCACAUCUUGACCAAAAGAGAACUCACAAAGGAGUACGUGGUGGAAGAUCUUCAUGGCAGCUACACGCCACCGAAGCUUGAUCCAGAGCAUGAGGAGCGGCUGAAAAUGCUGAAGCUCCUCUAGCCUCUCAUGGCAAUUACAGAACUACUACCGCCUGUAUAUCUGCUCCUCCUCUUUCGCUUCAGAUUAACAAACGGCAAUCUGUUGUACACCAGUGUAAAUAUUGAGUACGUGUGCCGAAACAAAAUGUCUCGGGUGAGUGUUUGUUGUCAAUUUAAUUCGAUCGAUAUGUUUACCUUGUCGCGUGAGUGUUCCUCGAUCAUACUGCUGCUGGAACUACACUAUGAACAACUAGUAGUAAUUUUAUCCUUGCGAUGCCCUUGCUGUCUUUAA